AAGGGAACCAAGGCACAUGAAUAUUUGGUAACAUUGCGUGGACUGAGAUUUCAGAGAAGAAACCCAUUGGAGAUUUCGAAGGCCAUCAAAAUUCACCAAACCCAAUAAAGUAUUAAACCCUCAACCAACCAAGAAAAAAAAAAAAAGGAAAAAUAAAAAAAAGCGAGAGAAAGAAAACUUUAUCAAUCCUUUGUUCUACUCUCGUACUUAUUCGUAGAUCACACCCAAAAUAUCGGUCUCCCAGUUUGUCAUAGCUAUUUAUAGAUCACCGAUCGCCACCCAGAUAUCAAUAUUUUAUGGUCUUGAUCGUGGCAGGGUCAAAACCAAAGCUUUUGAAAAUAAAUUCAAAGGUUGUUAAGGUGUUGGCUUUCCCUUCUCGACUCUAGGCUGAGUGGUCUCUUUGAAACUAUAUAUAUUCUCUGAUCGUUUUUUCGCGUUUCUGCAAGAUACCCAGAAAACCCAGUUGGAUUUUCCUUUGAAAAUUCUAUCUUUUACGCCAUGAUUUGCUCUGUGAAACAAUCUGUCACGACGACGAUUAAUGGGUCCGAUUUGUUUCUCCGAAAAAGGUCGCCGGCGGCGUCGAUUAGGCGAUCCUCGCUGCUUUUACCGGCUCUGCAUAAACCGGAGCGACUGACCUUAUCGGUUUCGAAGCCUUUGCAUGUGUCAUCGGUUGAGAAUCUGAGUUUAAGAGCUCGGAGAGAUUCGAUCAAGUGCGAGGCUUACGAGGCGGCGGACCAAUCGAAGCCGGUGGAGCCGGAGGGGAAAGCGGCGGCAGCGCAGAAGGUGAAGAUCGGUGUGUAUUUCGCAACGUGGUGGGCUCUGAACGUUGUGUUCAACAUAUACAACAAGAAGGUUCUGAAUGCGUUCCCGUACCCGUGGCUGACCUCGACGCUCUCGCUUGCAUGUGGGUCUCUCAUGAUGCUGGUGUCUUGGACCACGAGGAUCGCCGAGGCUCCCAAGACCGACCUUGACUUCUGGAAGGCUUUGUUUCCGGUUGCCGUGGCACAUACAAUUGGACAUGUUGCAGCUACUGUGAGUAUGUCAAAGGUUGCAGUUUCAUUCACCCACAUCAUCAAGAGUGGUGAGCCUGCUUUCAGUGUAUUGGUUUCAAGGUUCCUGUUGGGUGAGAGCUUCCCGGUGCCAGUUUACCUGUCCCUCCUUCCAAUUAUCGGUGGUUGCGCUCUUGCUGCUGUCACUGAGCUCAACUUCAACAUGACUGGUUUUAUGGGGGCAAUGAUAUCAAACUUGGCAUUUGUCUUCCGGAACAUAUUCUCAAAGAAGGGCAUGAAGGGGAAGUCCGUUAGCGGAAUGAACUAUUAUGCUUGUCUGUCUAUGUUGUCCCUUCUAAUUCUCACACCAUUUGCUAUUGCCGUGGAGGGACCGAAGAUGUGGGCUGCUGGUUGGCAAACAGCCAUCUCACAAAUUGGACCCCAGUUCGUAUGGUGGGUGGCAGCCCAGAGUGUGUUCUAUCAUCUCUACAACCAGGUGUCAUACAUGUCCCUGGAUGAGAUCUCUCCCUUGACAUUUAGCAUCGGAAACACCAUGAAAAGGAUAUCUGUCAUAGUCUCCUCGAUCAUCAUCUUCCACACGCCAGUCCAGCCCAUCAACGCUCUUGGUGCUGCCAUUGCUGUUGCUGGAACCUUCAUCUAUUCCCAGGCAAAGCAGUAAGAAGGCCAGGGUUCAAAGUUUUAGAUUUGUUAUGUAGGAGAUCAAGAUCUGGUCCCCCAGAGUGAUGAUAAAAUAGGAAUUGCUUUCAGAGUUGAUGACUGCUGGAUUUUUAUUCAGAUGAACCAACCAGCUUGUCUUGGUGUAGAUAAUAAAUAAUAGUUUUUCUAGAGAGCAUUAUUCCUGUUAUACGGAUAUUACCACAAGGUUGGUUGCUGAGUUUUUUCUACUAAUAAACAAGGGUAAUGCCUCGGACCUUGUCUGUUUUGAGAAACAGCUAUUAUAAUUUCCAAGUCCAUUUAUUGCCA